CGUUCGCCAGCCGAGGCAGCACGGCUCCGCGGACUUUUUUUCAAACUCCUCUCAUCAAUGAGACUUCUAGCAGGAGCGGGAGGCGGCGGCGGCUACAGAGGACGCGGAGGAAGGCGAGGAGGAGCCAGGGGAAGGAGCGUGGGCCGCGCGUCGCAUCGCAGCCGCCCAGAGCUGCUGGCUCCGCGUCCUUAGGGACUGCCGGGGUCCCCCGCCCGCCUUGGUACCCUCCUCUGCCUGCUCAGCCCCGCCCCGGCGGCCUGAGCCCCGGCACUCAGCAGCCCCGCGCCAGCCAAGUUGGGAUGGGGCCCUGCAACCACUGCCCGGCGCCCGAGAGGCCACCUGCGUGCUAGAGGCAAACUUUUGUCUCCUCGGGUCUACCACCCAAGAGUAUGAGCCGCUGAGAUGGAGACAUCUGUCCCAGCCCCUGCAGUGGAGAAGAAAGAAGCCAAGAGCGGCCUCUUGGAGGACGGCAGCUUCCUGGAUCCAGGGAAAAAGGCUUGUCCUCUGGCGGUGGCCGCAGCAGCGGCAGCUGUAGCUGCCCAAGGAGUUCCUCAGCAGCUCCUGCCGCCUUUCCACGCGCCUUUGCCGAUUGACAUGCGGCACCAGGAGGGACGGUACCAUUACGAUCCGCACUCAGUCCAUGGUGUACACGGGCCUCCCACCCUGAGCGGCAGCCCUGUCAUCUCAGAUAUCUCCUUGAUCCGACUUUCUCCACACCCUGCCGGCCCCGGGGAAUCCCCCUUCAGUGCGCACCACCCUUACGUGAACCCCCAUAUGGAGCACUACCUCCGGUCUGUACACAGCAGCCCCACACUCUCAAUGAUCUCUGCAGCCAGGGGCCUCAGCCCUGCUGAUGUGGCCCACGAGCAUCUGAAAGAGAGAGGGCUAUUUGGUCUUGCUGCCCCAGCUCCCAAUCCUUCAGACUAUUACCACCAGAUGACCCUCAUGGCAAGCCACCCGACACCUUAUGGGGACCUGCUAAUGCAGAGUGGGGGUGCUGCCAGCGCACCCCACCUCCAUGACUACCUCAAUCCUGUGGAUGCGUCGCGAUUCUCUAGCCCACGUGUGACCCCCCGCCUGAGCCGCAAGCGGGCGCUCUCCAUCUCCCCACUCUCAGAUGCCAGCCUCGACCUGCAGCGCAUGAUCCGGACCUCUCCCAACUCGCUGGUAGCUUAUAUCAACAACUCCAGGAGCAGCUCAGCAGCCAGCGGCUCCUAUGGACAUCUGUCAGCCGGUGCCCUCAGCCCAGCCUUUACCUUCCCCCACCCCAUCAACCCCGUGGCCUACCAGCAGAUCCUGAGCCAGCAGCGGGGCCUGGGCUCAGCCUUCGGACACACGCCACCCCUGAUCCAGCCUUCACCCACCUUCCUGGCCCAGCAGCCCAUGGCGCUCACCUCCAUCAGCACCAUGCCUACCCAGCUCAGCAGCAACAACAGCAAUUGUCUAAAUGAUGCCAACCAGAACAAACAGAACAGCGAGUCCGCUGUGAGCAGCACCGUGAAUCCCAUCACCAUUCAUAAGCGCAGCAAGGUCAAGACUGAGGCUGAGGGCCUGCGGCCAGCCUCCCCACUGGGACUGACGCAGGAACAGCUGGCCGAUCUCAAGGAAGACCUGGACAGGGACGACUGUAAGCAGGAGGCCGAGGUGGUCAUCUACGAGACCAACUGCCACUGGGCAGACUGCACGAAGGAGUACGACACACAGGAGCAGCUGGUGCAUCAUAUCAACAACGAGCACAUCCACGGGGAGAAGAAGGAGUUCGUGUGCCGCUGGCAGGCCUGCACGAGGGAGCAGAAGCCCUUCAAGGCGCAGUACAUGCUGGUUGUCCACAUGCGCAGGCACACGGGGGAGAAGCCGCACAAGUGCACGUUCGAGGGCUGCUCCAAGGCCUACUCUCGCCUGGAGAACCUGAAGACACACCUGCGGUCCCACACGGGGGAGAAGCCAUACGUGUGUGAACACGAGGGCUGCAACAAGGCCUUCUCCAACGCCUCGGACCGUGCCAAACACCAGAACCGCACUCACUCCAAUGAGAAACCCUACAUCUGCAAGAUCCCAGGCUGCACCAAGAGGUACACAGACCCCAGCUCUCUCCGCAAGCAUGUGAAGACGGUCCAUGGGCCAGAUGCCCAUGUCACCAAGAAGCAACGCAAUGAUGUGCACCUCCGUGCUCCGCUGCUCAAGGAGAAUGGGGACAAUGAGGCCAGCGCUGAGCCAGGUGGCCGGGGAUCUGAGGACGGUGUGGAGGCCAGCAGCACCAGCCACACUGUGGAGGACUGCCUACACAUCAAAGCCAUCAAGACAGAGAGCUCCGGGCUGUGUCAAUCCAGCCCCGGGGCCCAGUCAUCCUGCAGCAGCGAGCCCUCUCCCCUGGGCAGUGCCCCCAACAAUGACAGUGGCGUGGAGAUGCCGGGGACAGGGCCCGGGAGUCUGGGAGACCUGACAGCACUGGAUGACCCAUCUCCAGGAGCUGACACCUCAGCCUUGGCUGCCCCCUCCACUGGCGGCCUGCAGCUGCGCAAACACACGACCACCGUGCAUCGCUUUGAGCAGUUGAAGAGAGAAAAACUCAAGUCACUCAAGGAUUCCUGCUCGUGGGCCGGCCCAGCUCCGCACACCCGCAACACCAAGCUGCCUCCCCUCCCAGCAAAUGGUUCUGUUCUGGAAAGCUUCAGCGGCACUGGGGGCGGUGGGCCAGCGGGGCUGCUGCCCAGCCAGCGGCUGCCAGAGCUGACCGAGGUCACGAUGCUGAGCCAGCUGCAGGAAAGAAGAGACAGCUCCACCAGCACCGUGAGCUCGGCCUACACCGUGAGCCGCCGCUCCUCUGGCAUCUCCCCGUACUUCUCCAGCCGGCGCUCCAGUGAGGCAUCACCUCUGGGGGCCGGCCGCCCGCACAAUGCCAGCUCAGCAGACUCCUAUGACCCCAUCUCCACAGAUGCCUCCCGGCGCUCCAGUGAGGCCAGCCAGUGCAGCGGUGGCGGCCCAGGGCUGCUCAACCUCACGCCUGCGCAGCAGUACAGCCUGCGUGCCAAGUACGCGGCGGCCACGGGCGGACCGCCACCCACCCCACUGCCGGGCCUCGAGCGCGUAAGCCUUCGCACCCGCCUGGCGCUACUGGAUGCUCCCGAACGUGCACUGCCCGGCGCCUGCCCACAUCCACUGGGGCCACGACGUGGCAGCGAUGGUCCUGCCUACAGCCACGGCCACGGCCACGGCCAUGGCUAUGUAGGUGCGGCUCCAGCCUUCCCGCACGAGGGGCCAGGCGGCAACAUGCGCAGGGCCAGCGAUCCGGUGCGGCGACCUGACCCCCUCAUUCUGCCUCGAGUACAGCGUUUCCACAGUACCCACAACAUGAAUCCGGGUUCACUGCCACCCUGCACUGAUCGGCGAGGCCCGCAUCUACAGAGCCACCCUAGUGUGGAUAACAGCCUGACCCGCAGCACCUACUCCCCGAGACCCCCUAGCAUCAGUGAGAACGUGAUGAUGGAGGCCAUGGCUGCUGGAGUAGAUGGCACAGGGCUCGAAUCUGACCUGGGGCUGGUGGAAGAUGAGCUGGUGCUGCCAGAUGAUGUGGUACAGUACAUCAAGGCCCAUACCAGUGGUACCUUGGAUGACAGCACCCGGCAGGGGUAUCCUACAGAAAGCACUGGUUUCCCUGAGAACUCUAAACUGCCCAGUCCUGGGCUGCAAGGCCACCGUAGGCUCGCAGCUGCCGACUCCAAUGUGGGCCCUUCUGCUCCUGGACUGGGGGGCUGCCAGGUGAACUACAGCCCCUCCUCCAACCUCAACAAGAGCAACAUGCCUGUGCAGUGGAAUGAGGUGAGUUCUGGCACCAUGGAUGCCCUGCCCAGUCAGGUGAAGCCACCUCCUUUUCCCCACAGCAACCUGGCUGUGGUUCAGCAGAAGCCAGCCUUUGGCCAGUACUCAGGAUAUAGUCCACAAGCCCUGCAGGCCAGCUCCGGAGGUCUAGACAGCACCCAGCCACACCCACAGCUUCGUGGAGCCCCUUCUGCACUCAGAGGGAGCUACACGCAUCAGCCUCGACAGCCGGCCACAGGUGGCCAGUGCCUGAGUGUGACUGCCGCCGUGAGCCCUCAGGCCAACUACAGCCAAGCCCACCCCCAGCUGAGCCCAAACAUUGUCAGUGGACCCCUGAACCAGUUCUCUCCCUCCUGCGGCAAUAUGGCAGCCAAGCCCAGCCACCUGGGACUCCCACCACAAAUGGAAGUCGUCCCCAAUGCCACCAUGAUGAGUGGCCAUCAACGGGAGCUUGGGAUUGCCAAUUCAUCCCUGGCUGGGGUGUCACAAGCUCAGGCAGUCCUGAGCUAUCCCCAGCAGGAAGGCUACCAACAGGGUCCCAACCUUCUACCAUCCCAUCAGCCUAGUUUCAUGGAGUCCCAGCAGAGCACCGGCUUUGGCCUCAUGCAGCCUCGGCCUCCCCUUGAGCCCAGCACGGCUAGCCGUCACCGUGGAGUACGUGCCGGGCAACAGCAGUUGUAUGCCAGGACCACUGGCCAAACCAUGGUCACAUCGGCCAACCAAGAGACAGCAGAAGCUAUGCCCAAGGGAACAGCUGGGACCAUGGUCUCCCUGGCUUCUCAGCCUUCUCAGGACACAGGGCGGUCACAGGACCAGAACACGCUCUACUACUACGGCCAGAUCCACAUGUAUGAACAGAAUGAAGGCUGCCCAGCCAUGCAGCCCCAGCCACCACAACCACAACCAUGCUCAGACAGUGUCCAGCCUCAGCCUCUGCCUUCACCAGGGGUCAACCAGGUGUCCAGCACUGUGGAUUCCCAGCUCCUGGAGGCCCCCCAGAUUGACUUUGAUGCCAUCAUGGAUGACGGCGAUCACUCAAGUUUGUUCUCCGGUGCACUGAGCCCCACCCUCCUCCACAAUCUCUCCCAGAAUUCCUCACGCCUCACCACACCCCGGAACUCCCUGACACUGCCCUCCAUCCCCGCGGGCAUCAGCAACAUGGCUGUGGGGGACAUGAGCUCCAUGCUCACCAGCCUGGCUGAAGAGAACAAGUUUUUAAAUAUGAUGACCUAAAGGCCCUGGCUCCUGGGGCAGAGCAGACCUGAGCAACCUUAGCUUCUUGGAACGUCAGAGUCUAAGCGCUUCUCUUGGUUGGAAAAAGUGUUAAUCAGGCCUGAGAGGGCUUGGGCCACGGCUGGUGCAGACUCGCAAAUGUUUUAAGAAAAGAUUUAGGGGCACCCUCUUCGCUGUCUGGCCUGUUUUUCGGAACACUCAAAAAGUCUUGUUCAGAAAGAAACUCGUUUACACAAUGCUUGCCAGCCUUUGGUGUUUAUGGGAUUACUCAGUCCUGGCUUCUUGGCCUCUGUCAUUCUUCUAAUGAGAGAGUACACUGGCCAAGGUUUUCUAAGUACAUGCCCAAAGAGGGAAGGGGAACCACGUCUGGGUUUGAAUCUGAGAGCAUGCUGGAUACUCUGCUCUGAGAAGGGUUUGGCUUUCUGCCACCUGCACCGGGUUGCUGCCUCCCCAGGAUUCUUCCGUGAAGCUCGCCAAGGUUGCUUGCCAGAGGAGAAAGGUGCAUCCCCCCCGGGAUACUAUGGACUCUCCUCAAUUACUGCUAGCAUCUCCAUUCCCUUAGGCACAAUAGGACCUGCAGAUUUCCGGAGUGGAAAAGAACUAAUAAAACAUGUAUCACGAGGAAAUAAACUAUGCUACCUGGGGCAAGCCCAGAAACUACCCAGGGGCCUCUCCUGAUCUGUUUACAGUGUUCUGAAGUAUACAGUGGAGCCCCUCCUGGGAAGAACGCUUAUAUCUAAAUUCCUCGGGUUGUUGUGGGCUAGGGAUGGACCAAGGUGAAAGAGGCCUUCCCUGGAAAAAGCAAGUCGCAUGUUUACCCAGUCCUGUUACUCCUGUGCACUACCACCCUCCCGUGGAAAAUUCUAGGGCUCCUCCACACCGUGCUGGGUGGCCAGCUGUCUUCACCUAACCACCGCGUGCAGGCUCAGUACUUUCUGAUCCCCUGACCUCUGCCCUCCUCUCCGGGUUAUUCGGCAUGGACCGAUGACAUGCAUGGUGUUUGUGGGAGGGUGGGAGGGUGAGGGACUGAUUCUUGGACUUCGAGGAACUAUGAGAUGAAUUUUCUUGUUCAGUAUGGCCUGGCCCCAAAUAAGAAAGGGCACGUGGAAACUGACCCCAAAACGAAUCAGUCCAGAGCACGCUGCAGGGUGCACCCACACCUCUUCCCCACCACACACAUGCGCACACCCCAUCUGAAGCUUCUCCCUCUGAAUUUCAUAGAAACUUUGCCAAACCAAACCUCGCCACUCCGAGCUUCCUUCUGGCCAUGACUCUGGCUUCAGUGAGGAACUUCUUAGAGCCUGGACCUUCUGGGUCCGAGGACAGCAAACUUCUCUGUUUACAAUCCAGAGACAAGACCAGCCCCCAAUGGCAGCUCUGGGCCACGCCCGUGGGUCUGUGGCUCCAGUGGUGUGGCCCACUGCCCGACGUAGACCCCAACUUCUCAGUCUCCGUCUGUAUCUCUGCUGUGUAUAGCCAUCACCGUCCCUGAAUACACUGUGGGUGAAUCGUCCAGCCAAAUUUAUAUUGCCAAACAUUUUUAGCUUUUUCUACAUGCUAUAAAUUGAGAUGACAUGCUCAA